AGAUCACUUUCAAAAUCACUUCAGAUCUGUUAUUUUAAAUUUCAAUCUACAACCUCCAUAUAGCAAACCUAUUACUGUCAGUUAUUAAUCGGCGAUUUGUGUAUCGGAAUCAAAUUAACUCGCCAAUUAGCGUUUGCACUAGGUGUUGACCGUUAUAUUAUCAGAUCGAAUCGUGUGAGUGACUGUGGAGUGAAGUUUUGUUCGAAUGCUUAAGUUUGAGUUAUUGUGAUUUGUGACUGAUUUUGAGGAAAGUUUUUAUCAUCAGAAUGGUACGUUGCUACUGGAUCAGUUUAUUUUUGACGUUUUCUUGUUGCUUGGGUGUUCUUCAUGCAAGUGUUGGAGAUGCUGACCCCUCAUACAGGUCAUGCUUAAACGACUGUGAGAUAACUGGAUGUGUGGGUGAGAUAUGCUUUCCACACUGCAACUUUUCAUCUGACGGUGCAUCGGUUGAUGGUCCUUGGUACAUGCAAGAACCGCUGUAUUUACGGUGGAAACAGUGGGAUUGCCAUAGUGAUUGCAGGUAUCAUUGUAUGGUCAAUAGGGAGAAAGAUAGAGCAGCAUCUGGUUAUGAGCCCGUAAAAUAUCACGGUAAAUGGCCCUUCAAACGAGUAUUUGGAAUACAGGAGCCUGCUUCUGUCGCGUUUUCUGCACUUAACCUUGCAAUGCAUUUUCAUGGGUGGUUAUCGUUCUUCAUCCUCUUGCAUUACAAGCUGCCGGCGAAAGCAGAUAAAAAGCCGUACUAUGAGUAUGCUGGCCUAUGGCAUCUAUAUGCGCUCCUAGCCCUCAAUUCGUGGUUUUGGAGUGCUGUUUUCCAUAGUCGCGACGUAGACUUGACAGAAAGACUUGACUACUUCUCUGCAAUUGCAUUGCUUGGAUACUCACUCAUUGUAGCCAUAUUAAGAAGCUUCAACGUGAGGCUUGAGGCCGCAAGAGUCAUGGUUUCCGCUCCAUUGCUUGCAUUCGUUACCACCCACAUAUUAUACCUCAACAACUACAAACUCGAUUACGGAUGGAACAUGAAAGUGUGUGUUGCAAUGGGGGUUGCGCAGCUAUUAAUCUGGGCAAUAUGGGGCGGAGUGAGCGGUCAUCCUUCUAGACGGAAAUUAUGGUUUGUGAUAGUGACGGGUGCACUAGCGAUGCUGUUAGAAAUAUAUGAUUUCCCUCCAUAUGAAGGAUUUGUCGAUGCACACGCUGCAUGGCAUGCGACAACCGUACCUCUUACUUAUCUGUGGUGGAGUUUCAUCAAGGAUGAUGCUGAGUUUAGAACGUCUGUUCAACUCAACAAGGUGAAAUAGUCAAAUAGCUUCUUUCACGGGUAAGAAGAAAUCUUGUUGCAGAUUUAUGUGUGUAUUUUGUUUUAGAAGACCAGUUUUUUUUUUUUUUUUUUUUUUUUCUCAUCACAUGUUUGAGCUAAGCCGAGAAUACUUUUUGGUAAUUGGAUCACAUGACUCAUCGGAUUAAAGAUGGUAUCAAAUCGGAUCAACCAACACUACCGAAGAGGAAUACGAUGGACAUAUUAAAUGGGUUGAUUACUUGAUUAUGAUUACUCAUCCUAACCGGUAUUUAUCACUUAUCAGUGUUAUUGAUUAAGAACAUAAUUGAUCCGUAACUAAUGUUAUAAAUGUUAGAAAUGAAUGGUAAAAAAAUUUCGUA